CUCACGUGAUGACGCAGCGGUCACAUGACGCAGUCUCCAGCGUUGCUGCGACUCCGAAACCUCGCCGUUGUCCUUUCUCGACAUAAACUCAACGAAGCACCGCUAAAAUAACCAGGCUGGGUCCAGACAGUCGCUUCCCGUGGAGGUAGAGGAGAUGGACGAUGAAGGCUCUUUGUCCCAGGGUGAACUUCCACACAGGGAAGAUCUGUCGGGUCAGGAGAGUUCAGCCCAUGUAGAAAAUGUGUCUGUGGAUAAGGAAGCAGUGGACAAGCUCACUGAGGGGCUGCUCUCCCACUACCUGCCGGAUCUGCAAAACUCAAAGCGAACCCUCCAAGAGCUCACACAAAAUCAGAUAGUUCUGCUGGAUACUCUGGAUCAAGAAGUCACCAAGUUCAGAGAGUGCAACACCUUACAGGACCUCAAUUCUUUGUUUACAGAAGCAAAAGUUUACCACCAUAAACUGGUGAACAUACGGAAAGAGAUGAUCAUGCUCCAUGAAAAGUCAACAAAACUAAAGAAAAGAGCACUGAAGUUGCAGCAGCAGAAGCAGAAGGAGGUUCUGGAGAAGGAGCAGCAGCGGGAAAAGGAGCUCGAGAGAGAACGGCAGCUUAUAGCCAAACCUGCUAAAAGAACAUAGAGAUGCCCCCCAAAAAACCAUCUGCUGCAUGAAAGGACAACACAGGUUACACUGCAUGUUUGGGGCAAAUGAAUAUACGUAUACUAUAUUUCUCAAAAAUUUUUUCAAAGUGCAAGAAGGAAUCUUUUGGACAAUUAUGUUUCUUUUAGUCCUAAGACUGAUGAGAGCACAACAAAGGAUUUCAUUCAAAAAAUAAAAUAUUUAGAUGAAGGAAGAAUUAUAGCAAAGAACAAUUUGUUUUAACGUUAUAAACAACUACAAUUUGAACAUCAGUUUUUCUCCAGAAUUGCACAUGUGAACCAUUUUUAAGGUAGACUUGUCCACGUUCACCACAAAUAGUACAUUUGAAACAAAAACAGCUUUUGAUCCUCCUUCACAAUUGUGUGUUUGGGGGGAUUUUUUUUGCUAAAAAUAUGAAUUUAUCUCUUUUCUUACUGGUUUUAUGAGACAGAGUUGUUGAUAGAUACAUAGAUGAAACAAAAUGGAAACUUGUGCAAUCGCAAUUUAGAAAGUGGUUAGUUUGAUCAUUAGCCAUAUUUGGCUGAAACCUGCAAGUCUCCUGGUUUGGUUGAUCCCUCCUCUGGCGUUGCCAAAAUCACAACAAACCAAAGACUUGGACUGUACCAUCAAAUGUUGGUACGUCCUACCGUCAAUCUCCUAUGCAUUGCUGUUUGCACCUUCCUUAGAGCAGAAAACACAAAUGACUUCCUGACAAUGCAGCCGCCGUCUGACAAUGCUCCAAGACAAUACAGGCGUCUGCUGCCUUUUGUUGAAAUAUAUGUGUUGUUUGGUGUAUUGGUUGAAUGUUUUAAAAUCAGACUGCUCUGCAGUAAAUUUGACUGACUACUUGUGGGGUUCAGACAUACUGAUGCUAAAAAGGACAAAACAUCUGUGAUUUGUUCAAAUAGAUCCUAGUUAAAGUUAAACUCCACCUUUUUUACAAUAAAUAUUUAAAAAAUCA